AGGGCUCAUUAUCCAAAAAUGAAAUAUUCAUUUCGCCCUAAGCUUAAGCCCUAAAUUUUGGGCGCAGUGGAGGAAAGGCAUGGCGUCGUGGCGCUCCCUUCGCGGCUUCCGGCAGGCGCGAACGCUCUUCUCAGGGAGAGCGGCUUCCAAGCGGCUGUCCCAUUGCUCCGGAUCGUCCAUUAGAGAUGGGCCUGGCACCACCGGACGCUGCUACGCUACUGCAUCGGUCGCGGCCGUGAAUACCUACGCGAAUGACCUUGAUUCGUACAAUAAGGCACUGCAAACCCUCAACUUCAAGAGGAGGCAUUACUUACUCCGGGACGUUUAUGACGAAAUGCUGGUGGAUGGUGUGCAGCCUGGGCCGGCUACAUUUCACUUGCUUCUCUCGGGCUGCAUGAAAGGUUCACGUCUCCAAGAUACAAUGUUUUUCUUCGAACAGAUGAGAACUAUGGGAAUUAUUCCAGACGUGGCAACGUACAGUCUCGUCAUUGCUGCGUGUGGGAAAUGCAAUCAACUUAGCCGCGCUUUUCGGGUGGGAGAGGAGAUGGAAGCUUCGGGAGUACAACCAAAGCUGGAGACCUUCGUUGCGCUUUUGAGUGCUUGCGGAGUAGCGGGUGACACUGAUAAAGCCUUCGAGAUCUUACGAAGGAUGACAACCUACGGAAUCACUUUCAAUGAGUACUGCUACAGUGCGCUGAUAGCCGCUUACAAGAAUCGAAAGCCCAUUCAGCCUGAUACGUUUGACAAGAUAUACGAGAUUGUAAAGAAGUCGAAGGCUUUGGCCUCCGAAGAUCUCAGAGCCCGUGCAGCCACCGGUGAAGCCGAGAUAUCUACCGAUCUGCAAGACGAGUUCUGCUCUUUGAUAACCGGAGAGGGUCAGAUGAGGCGCGGUGCUUUUAAUCGUCGGAUGCUCGUAUAUCAUUCGGCAUUGCGUGCAGCUGCAGACUUGAAAAAUCUAGAGGGUCUGAAAAAGAUUUGCGAGAUGAUGGUGACGGAUCGUCUCUUUCCCGACGCGUUUUGCGUGUCUCAACUGAUAAGGGGAUACGUUGCUGCAGGAGACACUGAGAGCGCAUUAGAGUGUUUCAACAAGCAUAUCAAUUCUGGCCGACCUGUGAAUUUGGACCUCUACAUGGUGAUGAUUCAGGGAGCGAUGACCAAUUAUACUCCAGCGGGUAUGACCACAGCCAAAAAGCUUCUGCGGCAACUGGAGGAAAAGGGCUUCUAUUUGAAUCCUAAAGUUGGAAGUGAUAUGCUAGCGUUCGCAUCGAAGGAACCGGAGGGGGAUUUCACAACUGCAAACCUCAUAUGGGACAUGAUGAUGCGUAAGAGCUUGAGGCCCACAAGACUGGCAAGCCAAGCGUACCUUGAUGGACUUCAGGGACGUGAGAUACCUGAUGACGACCCCAGGAUAGCCAGUGUAAAAGCUGCACUCAAAACCAGCUCGCCGUUCAUGGCCGAGCUGCAGCAGCAACAACAGCAGAGGGGAAGGGUAGGAUUUCGGCCUGGAAAUGUUCCACUAAGCAUGAUCAAUCGCCGCCAACAGCCUGCACAACGGCCUCGCGUCUAAGGCGGCCAAGUUUUGUACAUCGUGGGGUCACCCGUGCUGCUUUCUUUUCGUUUUUAUGUCGUUCUGAAAGCCUGCUUGUCAGAAAUCGUUUGGCAGAGUGGGGAACGACGUUUGUACCCAUGGGCCACUCGACAAGAGCAGAUUCUCAGUACUUUGUUUUGAGACUUUCAGCCUUGACAAAAAAAAAAGACCGUGGAUUAAUAACUCACUGGUUUCUUCCGACAGUU